UUCUUCUUUCUUUCUUACUCAACCAUGUCAUAUAUUUCACAAUUAAACCUUUUAGACGAUUCACCUUCACUUAUUCCUGAAGAACAACUUCAUGAAGAACUUGCUCUUUGGGCCAAUGCACAAUUCACUUUUGACAUGCAACCAGGGUCAGAGGCAGCAACAGAGAAACCAAGAACGAGUUAUGAAUUAUAUGCACCUAUUGCACCAGCACCAACAGUAACAAAUAAUAAAGUGAUAAACACAACUGUGGUUGUGCCAACAAAGACAACAAAAAAACAGCAACCAAAAAGAACAGCAAAAGAAUUAGAUGCUAUUGAAGAAGACAAACGAAAAAGAAAUACAGCUGCUUCAGCAAGAUUCCGCUUGAAAAAGAAAUUAAAGGAACAAGCAUUAGAACAAACAGCUAAAGAAAUGACACUAAGAGCUAAACAACUGGAAGAACGAGUGCAGGAACUAGAAAGAGAGGCAAAAUGGCUUAGAGCUUUAGUGCUUGAAAAGGAUCCAUCCCUUUUAAUAAAUUUAUAAAUGUUCAUUGGUUUAUUUAUGUGUCACAUGAAAACUUGACUUUUGAGAUUAUACACUGAGGCGACAUCUUUUUCAUUUUAUAUGAAAAUAGAUGUAUUAUGAGUAUUCAU